AUCAUCUUUCACUUUCACUCUUCCUCUUGUGCCAUCACUCUCCCUCUUCCUUCGAGGGUUUCUUUUCUUUUCUUUUUUUCUUUUUCUUUUUCUUUUUUCCAUUUCCUUUUUUUUCCCUAAAUAAAAAAUCUCUAUUAUAUAUCGCUGUUUCUUCUCAAAGAAGAUGAUGCAGCAGAGGCUGAAGCAGCAGCAGCAACAAGCAUUGAUGCAGCAGCAAUCCCUUUAUCAUCCCGGUCUUCUUGCUCCUCCUCAGAUAGAGCCUAUCUUGAGUGGAAAUCUGCCUCCUGGAUUUGAUUCAAGUACUUGCCGCAGUGUGUACGUUGGAAACAUCCACCCGCAAGUCACGGAACCACUUCUUCAAGAGGUCUUCUCAAGCACUGGGCCCCUUGAGGGAUGCAAGCUCAUAAAAAAGGAGAAGUCAUCCUAUGGUUUUGUGGAUUACUUUGAUCGCCGAUCAGCAGCCCUUGCUAUUGUGACUCUUAAUGGAAGGCACUUGUUUGGGCAGCCUAUAAAAGUUAACUGGGCAUACACUAGUGCUCAGAGAGAGGACACCUCAAAUCACUUUAACAUUUUUGUGGGUGAUCUCAGUCCAGAGGUUACAGAUUCCACACUGUAUGCAUGCUUUUCAGUCUACCCUAGCUGCUCUGAUGCAAGAGUUAUGUGGGAUCAAAAAACAGGUCGUUCAAGGGGGUUUGGAUUUGUUUCCUUUCGUAAUCAGCAGGAAGCCCAAAGUGCAAUAAAUGACUUGAAUGGGAAGUGGCUUGGAAGCAGACAAAUCCGCUGCAACUGGGCAGCAAAAGGUGCUGGAGGAAUUGAUGACCAGCAGAGUUCAGAAGCCAAAAGUGUCGUUGAAUUGACAAGUGGAACAUCAGAUGAUGGUCAUGAAAAGGCCAAUGAAGAUGCUCCAGAAAAUAAUCCCCAGUAUACAACUGUUUAUGUAGGCAACCUUUCUCCUGAAGUUACUUCAGUUGACCUCCAUCGUCAUUUUCAUGCACUUGGAGCUGGUGUUAUUGAAGAUGUCCGUAUUCAACGAGACAAAGGGUUUGGUUUUAUAAGAUACAGCACCCAUGCUGAAGCUGCUCGAGCAAUUCAGUUGGGAAAUGCUCAAUUCCUUUUUGGUAAACCUAUUAAGUGCUCGUGGGGAAGUAAGCCUACUCCACCAGGAACAAGUUCUACCCCUCUUCCUCCUCCAGCUAUGGCACAUGUCCCUGGUUUUUCAGCAACCGAUCUUGUUGCCUAUGAGCGGCAGCUUGCCUUGGCUAGAAUGGGCGGUUCACAAGCACUCAUGCAUUCCCAGGCUCUUAUGCAUUCUCAAGGUCAGCGAAUUGGUGCUGCUAGUCAAGCAAUUUACGAUGGUGGUUAUGCAAGCAUUGCUACAACUCAACCACCAAUGUACUACUAGUGAAUUCGAUGAUUGCAAUCGCUAAAACACUUGCUGGUGCUCUGCUGGUUUUUGUUUAGUAGGAUGGUUUUUGUUUCGUCGUUAGUUUGUUGUGUCCCAAGCAUGUAUGAAUAUGUAACUUGUUUUUCGUCUGGGAAUAGCAAACUGAGUAGCUAAUUCAAUGGCAGUUCAUUGGAUUAGCAACUUUUUCUUUUUUCCCUUUUUCGAAGGAGAUCUAGGAGGUGUUAUGAGCCCUGUGAAUCAUGUUGAAUAUAUAUAUAUUUUGCUUUUUCCCCUUUAUUUCCUAAA